AAAUAAAAAAGUGAGAUUAAGUUCAUUACUACUGAAUCAUUGCAAACCCAAGAGCCACAAAGCAUCUGUUGCAGGCUGGGAUCACUUGGAGUUUUCACACUUACACCAACUUGCUCUACACCAUCGCUAUCAAGCAGGCAGCACAGCCAUGGCAACAGCUUCAAAAUAGCUAACUCCUAAGACUUAUGCAAGACACACCAACCAAUCCUAUUUUUUACAUUUUUAGUUUAGAGCUUGGCUCUUCACUUCUCUUUACAGGCUUACACUUCCACGUACAGUACAUCAAAACAACACUGAAAAGUUUGGCAAGGGCAGCAUUCUCUGUACUUUACUUUCCCUCAGGCCCACAAUACAACCGCCUCAGCUGAUCCCUUAGUUCAGCUCUUCUGGGGCCAGCCAAUGCAGCAGAAACUAUUGCACCCGCUCCCUUUGGCUCCCCUCCCCACAAAAGACUAGAUACAUCCUUCCCACACAAUGGCUGAGCUCCGCUGGCCUGGAGCCUGUGAACACUGAAUGGUCCCUCUGAUUCAAUUAAUUCAGCAGAAUCCCAGUAGCCCAUUACCCCUGCCUCAUCCCAUGGAAGUCUAGGAGACUGUUUCCUCUAGUUCUACCAAGACCCAUAGAGUAUCAUCUUCCUUCAUUGAAGCUCACAGCAAAACACACUCCAUACCAGACAUCAAAAUUCAUCACAAGAAAAGCAGCAAGAUUUUGCAGGGCUCAAGGAUUUCCAGUUCAUCAGUGGCUAACCAAGAAGGAGCACCUCCUCUACUGCUAUGAAAGGAAACCUGUAAACCCUACCACUGUACCAUUAACUAUUGUCCUCUACGAGAUCUGAAAAGCAUGAAGGCUGUAGCUCUCUUCAUUUGUCUUGUAGGAUCAGCUUUUGCUAUUCCAAGCCAUCCCUUAAACUACAAACUCGGAAACUACGGACAGAAGACUCUAGAAAAGGCUGAAGAUGUUCAUCUUGACGCCUCAAAGGAAGAGAUCACAGGGUAUGCUGACAAUGGUGAUUUGCUGCCCAGCUUCAAAAGCCUAAAUCCAGAAAUAUCGGUACCAGAUGCUGAGCACAUAGGUGAGCUCCAGACCACUAGAAAACAAGGAAGAACCGGUAGUGAGCAUCAAGUGAAAAAUGGCCUAAAAAGCAUCAAUUUCCUUGUGAUGCACAAUAAACCAAGUUUGGCUUCCAAUAAGCAGGACAGUGACUCUGGAAGCAGCAGCAGACAACAGUCCAGCUCUGAGCAUUACCAGUUCAGGAGGCGAGAGAAACACAGCAAUACAGCUAAACCACAUGUUCUGGGCAAUGCAGAAAAUCCAGUGGAUGCUCUCAGUCUUGAUCGUGAGCAUAACACAUGGAAAUACAAUAAAAAUACAGUUGGCCUAUCUGAAGAAAACAGUGAAAGUGAUGAGGAAGAACAUGUGGAAGAGGAGGAAGAGGAAUGGGGUGAAGAAACCGAUUACAGAGAUACAAAUUACAAAGGCUACCAGACAAAUCAAGGUAACCAAUACAAAAUACAGCAAAAUGAAAACAGUAUGCAACCUGAUGAAAGCCUGAGAGAUUCCAGUCAACCAAUCCAGAUAGCCAAGAGACAUGGUGAGAAAUUUGACCUAGAGGAAGAAGAGAGGAAGCAUGGCCUGAAAAAGCCCUAUAAAGAAAAAAUCCUCUCUCAAAAAACACACAAUGAAGAUCAGGAUGACAAAUGGCAAAGCCAAGAGAAGAAAGACAAUAUUCAAGUAAACUAUCAGAGUGAUCACAACACAGUAGUGAAAAGACAAGAUAUAGAGGACGAUAAUGUUGAUGAUGAUGGUCAUGACAGUGGUGAUGUUGAUAGUGAGGAAUAUCUCAGCAAUACCUGGAAAGAAGCAGCCUAUGAGGAAGAGGAGAGAAUCCAGAGUAAUGAGCAGGAGAGCACCAGUACUGAGCAUGAAGGGGAAGAAACCACUAAAGAUGACACUGCAGUUUUUAGAGAGACUGAGGAUUACAAAAAUGUCAAGAUUAAAGAACUUAUUCAUUCUGAACAAGAUGAUUAUGAUCAUGAGCCACCUAAUUCUGACAGCAACCAGCAAUUAGAAAUUACUAGCUCUGUUCAGAGCAUGAAUUCAAUGGAAAGUGAAAAUAAGGUUGAGUCUACACGCGGUUCCUAUGGCAAGACGGAAAGUGCAAGCAACAGGAGUGAGAAGGCUUUCCUGGACCCAUGUAGGAACUUCCACUGCAAAAGAGGUAAAGUGUGCCAUGUGGACAAACAAGGGAAACCCAGCUGUAUUUGCCAAGAUCCUGCUGCUUGCCCUUCCACCAAAGACUAUGAGCACGUUUGUGGUACAGAUAAUAAGACUUAUGAUGGCAUAUGUCAACUCUUUGGCACCAAAUGUCAACUUGAAGGGACAAAAAAGGGACGCCAGCUGCACCUGGACUAUUUGGGCUCCUGCAAAUACAUCCCACACUGUACUGAUUAUGAAGUGGAUCAGUUCCCUCUCCGGAUGCGAGACUGGCUCAAAAACAUCCUUAUGCAAUAUUAUGAAGGGGAUCUGGAUAAUUCUGGAUUUCUAACUGAAAAGCAAAGGAAUAAGGUCAAAAAGAUCUACGAGAAUGACAAGCGCCUCACAGCUGGCAACCACGCUGUUGAGCUGCUCCUGCACGACUUUGAGAAAAACUAUCACAUGUAUGUGUAUCCUGUGCACUGGCAGUUCCAUCAGCUUGAUCAGCACCCUGUUGACAGAUUAUUAACACACUCAGAGCUUGCGCCUUUGCGAGCCUCCCUUGUUCCCAUGGAACACUGCAUAACCCGUUUCUUCCAAGAGUGUGAUGGAGACCGUGAUAAACUCAUUGCUUUGAAGGAAUGGUGCCACUGCUUUGGGAUUAAAGAAGAAGACAUAAAUGAAAAUCUCCUGUUCUGAGCCUGGCUGAAUAGAAUCCAAGUGCUGCACUAAAACCGGUGAAAUAGGUGAAUUCUGUUUCUUUCUGUAAUUAACAGCUUCAGAGUUUUCAAGACACAGGUGGCAUAAGGUUCAGUGCAUUCUUAUCUAACACAAGGCAGAAAAGUAUUAUAUUCAGUAACAGCAGAAAAAAAAAUAUUAACUACUCCAAGUGGUUCAUAGACAACUAAGCAUUCCCCCAUGUACUCAUGAUCUCUCUGAACCAAUAAAUAGUACUAAGCUGAUGACUGAGCUGUCCAUAAAACCCUUCAGUAGAAUGCUAGGAUGUGGAUUUAAGUGUACACUUAAGAAAGUUAACUUAAAAUAGGACUUGUUUCCUUUAUUUACUGUAUCGUCUGUUUAGCAUUCUGCAUAGAAGCCUCAAAUAAAAGUCUACCUAGAUACA